AUGUGGUAUGUUAUGGACUUGCUUCUGCUGGCCGGCGCAGUCGCAUACGCACUGCGUCCGCCUCAACGCGCCACCCUCGAGGAAACGGUGCAGCUGCAUGCGUCUCCGAAAGAGAACAAUGAGGUUCCCGAGACCAUAUCUGAACGAGAUGAUGAGGCUUCUGAUAACGUGUCUGAAACGAGUACUUACACGCCUCCUGAGAGAGAAGCUCGCUCCCUAGAAGACUGGCUGGUGCCCGUUCCGGAUGCUACAUGGCAUCACCACAUCCGUAAAACGAGGCAGGACAAGACUGGAGAAGGGCUGUUAGCCUCUGCCAAGUUUCAGAAAUGGUUCGCAACAGACGGAGCGACGUUGCUUUGUACAGGCUUGCCAGGCACUGGUAAAACCGUGCUCGCGUCGGCCGUCAUUGACUAUCUGCAAGACAAACUCGAGGAAGAUGCCAGCGUCGGCGUGGCUUUCCUCUACUGCAGUGCUCGAGACUACGAGCGCCGAAAGCCCAUUGACCUCUUGUGGAGCCUACUCAGACAGUUUGUUCAGAAGUCGCCAAAGGUCCUUCCGGAAACCCUCCAAUUGUUCUACAAAAGUUACAAACUCCAAAAGCCACCCCGGUUGGCCAUCGAGGAUGUGUCGAAAGCGAUGCAGAUCAUGGUCAGGGAAUAUUCAAGAGCGUUUGUGGUUAUUGAUGCGUUGGAUGAAUACGACUGGAAGAAUGAUGAGCUGCAUACUUUUCUGGACGUUAUUGUCGCCCUUCAGGCACAGACCGGACUCAAUCUCCUGGCUACAUCGCGGCAUGCGUUUGACGCCGGAAGCAGAUUCUACGGUUGCCUGUCAUUGACUAUUCGUGCUUCUGACAACGAUAUUUGGCUCUAUCUGCAGAACCAUAUGGCCAGACUGCCACCGUCUGUGCGGGACAAUCCGUAUCUUCUGGACAAUAUCAAGGAUGAUAUUGUCCACGCCUCUAAUGGGGUAUUCCUUCUCGCACGUCUCAAUCUGAGCUGUUUGGAGAGCAGCCUAUCAACGGAUGAAAUCAACGCCGUCUGGGAACAGAUUCGUGCGAAGCGACCGAACGGGCUUACUGAGGCAGAUGUAUUAGAUACAAUAGCUCGGGCAUGUUCGCGAGCGAUAGACAAAAUAAAACGACAAGCACAGGGGUCCCGAAGCCUUGCGGAACGAACAUUAGAGUGGCUCAGCUGUGCGAGGACGCCGCUGAAACUCUCAGGGCUGAAGCAAGCCCUCGCCUCAGAGCUUCCUGCAUUUGAGGGGACGGAAGCAGUGCCCGCAGCGGAGGAUAUUGUUUCAGUCUGCGCCGGACUGGUUACGGUUGACAUAGAGGCAGACACCGUCUCCUUUCUCCACUGCAUCAUACAUGAGCAUUUCGAGCAGAACUGGAGACUUUACUUUCCGAAUGCAGAGGAUAGCCUUACGAAAGUCUGUAUCACACAUUUGACGAAGGUUUUCCAAAGCGAACCAAGCCAUGCAGAGGAUCAGAUUGAGGAAUCCUCUCAACAGAAUGCCUUUACCAUCUACGCAGCCAAAACCUGGGGAUACCAUGCUCGUGCAUCACCCGCAGAAGCAACAGAAGAUUUGGUUCAUCAAUUUCUCCGCGCCGACGCUGCUGUUGCCGGUGCUUGCCAGGCAAUGGGCCUCUGCGGUGGCAUCCAACCUGAUAAUACCUGCGGAGUGCAUCUCGCGGCAUACUUUGGACUGGAAAAGGCAAUGGCCGCGCUACUCAAAGACGGCCACAGUCCAGACACGAAGGCUCUGGGCGGUAAAACACCACUGCUCUUGGCUGCAGAGAUGGGUCAUAAAGCAGUAUUUGCAUUACUACUCAAGGAGUCGGGUGUACGAAUUGAAUGCAAAGACUCUGAACACGGGCAGACGCCCAUUAUCAGCGCCGCGAGACACGGUCAUGGCACAAUUGUAAAGCUUUUGCUCGAGCAUGGUGCCAACCCGGAGUCAACGGAUGGCAUAUUCAACCAAACAGCGCUUUCCUGGGCUGUAAAGAACGGCCAUACGGAGGUUGUCAAGUUACUACUUAACCACAACGCCCGGAUACCUUGCAGCCGAGUUGAGUUUGACCCGAAAUGGCUUCUGGGCUCAGAGGCUGGCUUCCAUGACGCCUUCGUGCAGGAGUUUCUUGCUGGGACCCCACUAAUUUCAGCGGCGUGGAACGGACACGUCAGUAUGGUGCUCUUGCUCCUGGAACACGGGUGUGAUCUGGAGACCAGGGACAGCAUAUUCGGUCAGACGGUGCUGUCGUGGGCGGCAUGGAAGGGUCGUGAGGGAGUGGUCCGAUUACUGCUAGAGAAGCAGGCCUUAACGGACACGCAUGAUAAACUCGAAAUGACGCCGCUGCACUAUGCAGCACUUAAUGGACAUGCGAUGAUUGUUCGCGAAUUGCUCGAGAGCGGCGCCGAUAUCGAGUGCCGACAAGAUCACUACGACUGCACGCCGCUGUCUCUGGCGGCAUGGACCGGCCGUCAAGCCGUGGUCCAGUUACUGCUGGACAAGGGCGCUGAUUUACAGGGCGGGAGAGCGCUCGAAUGGGCCCUUGAUAACGGACCCGAAAUAAACCUGAGAUUUCUGAUCAAAGGCGUGGAAUACCGUCGUGAUCCCGCGUCUUGCUCACAGAGCGACCUCGAGAAAGCGGAGCCAGGAGACGAACAUCUGAAAGUGUUCGCUUUGUUAUGUCUCGGCCGUUUUGAUCCUCAGGAAACGGUAGAGGUGUUUUUGGACGUGGUGAUGGACCAGUUACCGGCUUUAUGGGGCAUUUGGAGCAGGCAAGGCGAUAUGUUGAAGUUGUUAAUGGGAAAGGGAGCAUCGAUUCCUCUCGAACAAGGCAUCGAGUCCGACAAGACGGUUCUUGCAAUAGCCGCAGAAAGAGGCUUUGAAACAUUGCUCAGCGUGCUCAUUGAGCAGGGAGCUGAUAUAGAAGUCAGGGACGCCGUUAUUGGCAAGACACCGCUUCACUUUGCUGCAGAGAACGGCCAUCACAUAUUGGUCAAGAUAUUGCUCGACAACGGUGCGGAUAUCGAAGCUCAGGACAUCCUGUUCGGGCAAACACCACUUUUAUGGGCUGCUGAGAAAGGCCAUACUGCUGUUGUAAAGUUGCUGCUGGAUAGAGGUGCUCAAAUUGAGGCAAUUGACGAGGAGCACGGUCAAACACCAUUGCUGUUAGCAGCAAAGAAUGGACAUGGAGACGCAGUCAAGUGCCUGCUGGAGAUGGGCGCCAACACUGAAUGUAGGGACACCCAACACUCAAUGACGCCACUUGAUUGGGCUAUAAAGAAUGGCUAUGGGGACGUGGAGAAGCUGCUCAAGCAGCAAAGUGUUGAAAGACCAACAUCUUGA